UGCAGAAUUCGCAAAAUGAAGAGUCCAAGGGUGGUCUGUUCCAUUUGCGCCAACUCAAGCAUCGCCAUCCGCAAUCAUGAAAUGGGGAUAUUUCUCCCCUCUCCAAGGCGCUCAAUGUGUGUAGAAUUCAGAUAGAAACUAAAUACGCAUAAUGUAAAAUGUUUUCCUCAUCUAAUAAGCCUAAAAUCAAUGGGCAGUAGGCCGUAUACCAGGAUGCGCAUCCGAUUUGCGACCAGAUGGAUUCCGGCGCAAAUGCGACAAAGACAGCCCGAUGCAGUAAUUCAAGUUCUGGUCGAGAAAGAGACUGGUGGAUUCACAGGCUUUGGUUUGUUCAUUUGGAUAAUAUUACAACCAGCGACUCGUUGGUACUCACUUUUAAAGUAGGUGCGACCAUUUAUCGGCCAUUUCUGCUGUCUUGUUCCCUCGCUCUCUUCCUCUUCCUCUCUCACCAUCACCAAACAUCAACGCAAUCGAUUUCUCCAAUAUCUCUACAAUCUACAAAAGCAAUUAUCUGCGCUUCGUCUUUCUUCCCUCUUCCUCCCACCCCUCAACAACCAACCUCGACACAAUCGCCCAUCAACAGUUCAUUGCUAUUCUCCUUCGAGUCUUUCUUGGAUGAGUGCGACUGGGAAUUUCUAGACUGGGUUUGUUAUUAGGGAACCGAUUGUGCUAACUUGUGGUCGUCGCUCUUCGCCCCAGGUCCUCUCUCAAGCCAAUUUUUCCCUUUCUGGUCGCUUCUCCCGGCUGUAGCGACUUCUCCUCGUCCCAGACUCCGUCCCCCUU